CUAAAUUCCAAUACAGUCAAUCGACCCAGAUUAUUUAACCAACCAAUAUAACUAUUCCCUCCACAUACCAAAAUGUCGGAAAGCAACCCGACCAACCUCACGCAGCGUCAACCCGCCGACGCUAAAAACGUCGACAUCAAUUCCAAAAGCGCGCACGAUACCACCGACAAGGCCCCUAAUGAGGGCUCAUUCCCAGGACCCGGGGGCAAUGCCACCGCACGCGCACCACAGCAGCCGCAUUCGAGCAAGGUGCUGAACAAGUUGGAUCCGCGGUACGACAGUGAUAUCAUUGAGGCAGCGGAAAAGGAGAAAGGCGGCGGGUUUUAAUCGGUGGAUAUGGUUGUGAUGUAUUAUUUUCUGUUCAUGUCAUGAAUGAUGAUGCUGUAUUAUACCAACUGGAAGCGUUAUACAUACUAUGCUUGGAUUGAACAUGUAUAGCAUGCAAUGCAUAAUGCUAGGAUCUAACAGGGUU